AGCCAAUGUCUCACUACAUAUGCAUUGCAUUUAACAGUAAUUGACAUUUAAAUCAAUCAAUUGUUUGGUAAUAGUGUUGACAAACCAGACAUCGGGUGCCGAAGAAGUGUUGUCCGACAUGUCUGUGAAGGGGUCCCUCACCAAAGAGCUGAGCGAGAGUGUUUCGGCACUUCUGGGCCAUAGCGUGAAGAUAUCGCUGAAAUGUUUGGUCAAAAUGGAGAUCAAAGCCGAUAAGACAGAGAACAAGAUCUUGGCGUUCAGUGCCUGUCGUCUCUUUAUCCUCACACCCAAAGUGUCCACAAAAAUAGAGCAAACAUUUCAUUACUUAGACAUUAAUUCAAUUGAAAGCAAACGCAAAAAUCAGCUGACGAUUGGCAUCACUUCCGAGAACAAGUCAUACACUUUUUAUUCUGUGGAUCCAAACAAUGGCGAGGAAAUCAAUCUAAUGAUUAUACAGUUGGGAACCGCUCUCAAGACUAUAUUCCCACACAUUUCUCUCGACUCAUUCAUCCGUAAGCUUGAAGUGGAGCCAAACACUCGGAUUCAGUCAAUGAUUGAAUACAACCAAAGUGUUGAACAGAGGGCUAAUCUUAAUACUAUUGAGAACCCGUGCGGAGGCUUUUCCACUCAAUACGCGUGUCUUUGCGACUAUUUUGGUGGUGUGUAUCGCGAGGAAGUGGUUUGGGAUGUGGACACCAUCUACUCGACGCACAAUAACCAGGAGUUCUCGCUUCUGGACUUUGAGCACUUAGAGGCCAAGGAUUUCAUUGCAAUUAUAGCCGCGCUUUCAUAUAACGGAUGGUUCACUAGAUUCAGAGCCAGUAAUAUAAAAGUGUUUUCCGGUCAUGUGAUGCCAGAAGUGGCGGAACAGAUAUAUAAUCUCGUCAAGAGGUCCACCGUUUUAGAGGAUUUAUAUUUAGAUAACACCGGACUUAAGAACGAUUCCGUAAACAAAUUAUUUUUAGCCAUUUUGACGAACAGUCAAACUGCCAUUCAUUUCAUCGAUUUGUCCAAUAAUUUAAUCGAAGACAAAGGCCUCAAGUCUUUGACAGGAUUUGUCGCCAAAUCAUUUCAGGGGAAUAGCAAUAGUGACGACUCAUCACUCAAUAGCCUCGCAAUCAAACUAAACAAAGGCUUAACUCAUUUGAAUUUAAGCCAUACGUCCAUUACAUGUAAAGGUGUCUCUGAACUCUCGGAUUCGCUCUCUAUUAACAAUUCGAUUUCUUCGUCUCUAACUUAUCUCAAUCUCAGCGAUAAUGUCCUUAAAGACGACGUUAACAAAUUAUACAACUUGUUAGCGAAACCCAAUAAUAUAACUCAUUUGGAUCUAUCAAACACCGAAUGCUCAUUAGAGACAGCGUUCGGUGCAUUCCUCAGGGGUUGCACUCAAAAGUUGGUUCACUUAAACCUUUCGCGCAAUCAGUUUAGUAGCAAAAAGAGUCAUAAAGAGGUGAACCCUCCGCCGUCUUUCAAGGCAUUCUUCUCAUCGACUGUUGCGUUGAAAACAUUGAAUUUGUCGGGCAAUCGAUUACCGGCGGAAGCGUUAAAAGCGAUGCUUUUAGGGUUUGCGUGCAAUGAGAUCGCGACCGACGUUCGCAUUAAUCUCAGUUCAAAUGAGUUGAAAUCAAACGGAGCCACUGUUUUGGAGUUUGCUUUGGGAGGCAUCCGAUGUAUCAGUGGAUUGGACUUAAGUGACAACGGAUUUGAUGUCGACGUGACAAAUGUCAUCAAUUCUAUCGGCAAAAAUAAAUCCAUUAAAUACUUAUCUAUUGGAAAGAAUUUCACUUAUAUUAAGCCUAAACAUAUGCCUCGAGUUCUUGAAUCUCUGGUUCACCUUUUACAAGAUGAAGACUCGGUAUUGGAAUCGCUUUCAUUAGUUGAUUCCAAACUUCGAGGCGAUACUUGCCUUGUUAUCAAUGCUUUGGGUUCUAACCAAUCAUUAGUUAACAUCGAUGUCACAGGAAAUCUGAUGGGACUGUCGGGCGCCAGAACUCUAGCCAAAGCACUUCAAGUGAAUUCCAAAUUAGAGACAAUAUAUUUGGAUCGAAAUAUGAUUCCAACGAUGGGUUUUGUGGACAUUGCGUACUCACUGGAGAGGAAUUACACAUUGAAGUACAUGCCGGUGCCCGUACAGGACGUGCAGACAGCGAUGGUCAAAAUGGCUGAACGCACCGAAUCGGCGGUCACUAAAAUUCAAGAACUCUUGCGACGAAAUCAUUUGCCGCAGACUAUGUUGAAGAACAGUCGUCUUCACAGCCAUCACAUGCAAAUCGAUCCCAAUGUCCUUCAAAUGGUUGACAAAUUAGCUGUUCAUUUAAGUGAUGUCUUAAAUAAUAGUACAACAAAUGAGACUAAAAAGUCUUCGGAAUCGUUUGAAUUGAGUGCCAAAGACGAAGAGAUACUGAGGGCUGAGAGCUAUUUAAGGGACGCCUCGAAUGCCAAACAUUUGUUGACACAUUUGAAUCACAAACUCAUAUAUCCCGAGAACAGUGAAAGUGGUCGCCGUUUGUCUACAUUAUCUAUCUGUAAACCAAUUGAAACAAAACUGAUUGAAACGUCUCUUGAAUUGAAGAAGACAUUUGAAUCACACAUCAAUGGUGUGAUUGCAUCGAUGAUUGAAGCAAUACAAGAACAGUGUCCGCAUGUCAUCUCUGACAGCGAUCGGCUUCAGACAGAAUUGCACCGCAUUUUCAAUAAUACGAAAAACUCUCCAUUACUUCCUUCGUUGAAUUUUUUUCAGACCUGUUUGUCAGACAGUGUCGGCGCUCUUCUCACCACCAAAAUUGAUGAAAUUCUUCAGGGAAUCGCGGCUCAGAUUUGUGAUAAAGUAUUGAUAGAAGUGAGUGAAUGUCUCUCAUCAAGUCAUAGAGCGCUCACCGGACAGGAGACCAAACAAUCUCUCAGUCAAAGAAGUUCAACGCCUGAUGUUUUGCGGAGCAGGACAUGGAUUGAAGGCAAUUGUUCUCGAGAGUCAUCCACUGAAGGAAAUUUGUCCAUUGAUGGACACGUUGACGACGAAUCCACUGUCGCGACGCCUAAACAAUCGACACAAAAGAGACAAAGUCUUUACGUUCGACGACUUAGACCUCAAUCAGUUUUGGAUGGCUUGACAUCUAAUGAUAUUCCAGAUCUAUUACCAAAGAAGUCUGACAGUUCUAACAGUGGUUUGAAUUCAAUUGAUUCCAGUCUUUUGACUUCUGCCAGUUCUGACAAAUUGUCACAUUUGGCUAAAUCUCGACCAAAAAGACCUAAAACUCGAGCACCGACUCGAACUCCAAACUUACCAAAUGCUAAACCGGAUGUUAAGGAUAGGACAUCAGUGAACGAAAUGAGUGAUAGAGUAGAGAAAUUAGACGAAGGUUUGGAAACAUUCUUCAAGAAGCCUCAGGACUCUUCAUUAAGGCCUCAAAUCCAGCCCAGAGUCGGUCUCUUCAAAAAGUUUGGAGUGAAAUCCGAUUUCUCACACAUGAAGACCACUGCCAACGAUAACUCUAAAAAGGAUGACGAGACGAGUGUGAGCACAGGUGUGAGCACAGGUCCGGUGCAGUCAUCUCUACUCUCAUCGCGUAUGGAUGAAGUGACGCGUUCGCGCUCUUCACCCAAUUUAGGCAAUAAGAGGACCUCUCAGGUGAUUCCCAUUCCACGAAACACAUCCCCCGGCGCUGAAGAAAUCGCUAAUAUAUUGGAGUCAAGCGAAAGAAUGACGAGUCCGUUGCCCACCGAACGCACCGACUUAUUGGCUGAGAUGAGGGCCAAACAGGGCCGCCGGUCAUUAGCACAGACACCGACCACACCUCCUAUUAUCUCGAUUGCGGCCACUAUUGACUCGAAUCCAUUGAUUAAUAACUCGAAUCCAUUACAAGGCGUCAAAUUAAGGGCAACAGUGUUUGGAGACAUUUUGAAAUCUCCAAACAAAAGCCAAAGCCCUGCCAACGAAGACAUAGGGCUUAGCACUUCACUAACGGACUCAAACCGGUCAUCACUUCCGCGACAAUCGAAUCCACCGCCACUGAAACAAAGGCCAAAAUCAGUGGUCGGACUGAUUGGCGCCAAAUUUGAAUUAUCCUCCAAUAGUAAGGAAGAACUAAUUGAUUCAGAAGUGGGUCCCAAACAAAGCGAAUCAAAUAAAAGUGACAAAAUUGGAGCUAAAAAGUCGUCGAUAUUUUCCAAGUCUCGCUCCAACUCUUCCUCUUCCAACUCUUCGCUACAAAAAUAA